CACUCUUAUUAGCUUCUCUACAAACUAAACAUUCAUUCUCACUACUUUGAAGUAAUCAUCAUCAUGGCAGGGGAAAGAUCAACGGCCAAGAAAACUAUCAUUGGAAGCUUAAUGCGGAAGAAGCUUUCUGACAUCACCAACUCCUCACACCACCUUCAAGAACAACAAAAACCACCAGAGGAUACUACUUCUUCUAAUUCUGCUGAUAAGGAUUGCAUUCAACAACUUCUAAAGGAAAGAAUGACUCUGCUGAAGCUCCUAGCUGAGAAAAAUAAAAUAAUUGAAUGGACUAAAGCUGAGAUGCAGAUGUUAAGAGGCAAUGUUCAAAAACUGCAAGUACAGAAUUGGAAUCUUGCUCAAUCAAACACACACAUGCUAGCGGAGCUUAAUUUAGGAAGGGAAAGGAUAAAAGCAUUGCAACAUGAACUUGUAUGGAGGGCUGCUUUAUUUAAAGGGACCAAGACCAACACUGAGGUUGUAGUGGAAAAGGUGGAGAUGAAGAAUGGAAACUUGGCAGAUGAUGGAGAUGAUGAAGCAGGGAAGCCAUCCCCAGAAGCUAGCUAUCACAAAAAAAGGAACAUGAAUAAUAGAAGAAGAUCCAUUAGGCGUAGAUGUAAAUGCUUGCACGCUACUCCUUCCCCAAAGAAUCCACCAAAAACUAGACAAAAGGACAAAGGGGAGCCUCUAGAAGAAUUGUUUGAGAUAGAGGAUGGUAGUUUUGUGGUGAAUGUCACUCCAUCAAGGCCUAAACAAAAAGCAAAACAUGUCACAACACAAACAAUCUCUGCUUCAAGAUCAUCUUCCUUCCGAAUACCAUUUCUAAAAUCAUAACUUCCUUCAAAACCACAUCAACCAUACUAUAUUAACAUAUACUCUAGUGUGUUGCAUUUACCAACUUACUAUUUUACUGUUUUUUUCUUAGUUCUUACAUUAAAUAACUAUGUACUGUAGCAAACUUGGAUUCCAUUUGGGCUGAGUCUGAUUGUUCAAUUUGGGCCUUUGGAUACGUAUAUGGGCCUUUAUUGCUGUAUAAAAUGCACAUGAUUUGAACAAAAAAGAAUGCCAUAU